AGAACUUGGAAACCGUCAAGAUGGCGGCGCUGAAACGUAAACUGUCCGGUCAGCGGGAGGCGAGCGGAAAAAGAGGGCCGAGUGGCCGGCAACUCCUCCUGGAGGCAGCCGGGGGAGACAGAGCCGGCAACCAGUUCGUGGAAGGAUCGAUUGUCAGGAUCAAGAUGGAUAAUUUCCUAACUUAUGAUUCCUGUGAAAUUCACCCUGGGGCCAAUUUGAAUAUGAUAGUGGGUGCCAAUGGGACUGGAAAAUCCAGCAUCAUCUGUGCAAUUUGUCUGGGAUUGGCAGGAAAAACAUCGUUUAUUGGCAGAGGAGACAAGGUUGGUCUUUAUGUGAAACGAGGACAUAGCAAAGGAUAUAUUGAACUUGAAAUUUACAAACGUCCACACAACCUUAUAGUGAGUCGAGAGAUUUCUGUUUUAAACAAUCAAUCUGUCUGGCAAAUAAAUGGAGAACAUGCGACCCAGAAAAUGGUGGAGGAACAGACUUCUGCUUUGAAUAUCCAAGUGGGGAAUCUCUGCCAGUUUUUACCUCAGGAGAAAGUUGGGGAGUUUGCAAAAAUGUCAAAAAUCGAGCUGCUUGAAGCAACUGAAAAAUCAGUUGGCCCACCGGAAAUGUACAAAUUUCACAGUGACCUGAAGAAUUACCGCGAAAAAGAGAAGGAGCUGGAGAACACAUGUAAAGAAAAGUCUGUUGCUUUGGAGAAGAUGAAGCAGAGGAAUGAACGGAACGAGCAAGAUGUACAGCGAUAUUAUGAACGACAGAGACAUUUAGAUAAAAUAAAGAUGCUGGAAAGGAAGAGGCCUUGGGUGGAAUAUGAAGUUGCUCGACAGGAGCAUGAGGAAGUGAAGCGUGUCCGUGAUCAGCUUAAACAAGAACUGAAAGCACUCAAGGAAGCCCAAGCUCCAAUGACCAGAAAAAUUCAAACUGUUGAAAGACAAUGUCGGGAGCAGGAAACAAAAAUAAAAGAAAAGGGGUCUGAAAUUAAGAAGAUCACACAAGAAUGCAAACAGAAGCAAGAUUAUUUGGAAAGGAAGGACAAAGAGGUCGAAGAAGUUCAGCAACGUUUAAGAAUGAAAAAAGAUGAAGAAAUUGACCGCCAGAAAAGAAUAAGUAACACCAAAAAAAUGAUAGAAGAUUUGCAGAAAGAACUGAACACUACCAGGAACUAUGACCAUGUGCAACCAGAAAUAGAUCAAAUCAGUAGUGCUCUCCGCAAGGUUCAACAGGAUAAAGGCACUGUUGACAGUGAGAAAGUAGAACUGCGAAGAGAGAAGGAAAAUCUGGAGAAAGAGAAGAAGAAGAUUAUGGCUAAUAUCAAGAGACUCGAAGACAUGAUGCACAUUAAAGAAGAAAGUCUUCGAAAUUAUUUCCGGGAUACAUACAAUGCUGUCUUGUGGUUAAGACAGAAUAGGAAUCUAUUCCGUGGGCACAUCUAUGAACCAAUUAUGCUUGAGCUUAAUAUGAAGGAUUCAAGAAAUGCCAAAUACGUUGAAAAUCACAUUUCAAUGAACGAUAUGAGGGCCUUUGUUUGUGUGAACAUGGAUGAUAUGGGUGCUUUCCUUUCUGAGGUUCGUGAUAAACAGAGGCUAAAAGUUAAUGCAGUGUGUGCACCUUCCGUCUCAGCUGCAGGGAGGCCACCCACAAGACCCAUUCAAGAACUUCAAAUGUAUGGCUUUGUAUCCUACUUGAGAGAGUUGAUAGAUGCACCAGAACCUGUAAUGAGUUAUCUAUGUGAGCAGUACAAGGUGUAUGACGUUCCAAUAGGGACUGCAAGAACCAAAAUGUUGAUUGAAAAGGUAAUAAGCGAAACACAGCUGCGUCAGAUCUAUACAGGAGAAGAACGAUACACUGUAAAGAAAUCAAUUUACUCAAAUAAAAUAAUUUCAAGCAACACACAGCUAAAGGAUGCUAAGUUUCUCACUGUACAGGUGGAUGCAGAUGAAAGACGACGCUUGGAGAAUCUAUCAAGGGACAUAACCUCCAAUUUGAAUGCAGUAGAAUCACGCAUUACUGAAUUUUCUGAGAAACAGAGACUUCUCGAGCGCAAAGAUAAUGAACUGAGAACAAAGAAGAAAGAACUAUUGGAGAUGAAGAGCAGGCGAAGGCAAUUGGAACAAAAGAUUAGCACAAAAAAUGAUAGUCUGAAGCAGAUGGAGAUGGAUGCUAUCAACAUUGAAGAGGAAGAACAAAAAGCUAAUGCUAAAGUGAAGGCGAUCCAAAAUCAAAAGGCCAAAUUAGUCACUGAAUUAACACAGCUUAUUAGGACAUGCCUCACACUGAACAUGGAGAAAGUUGGCUUUGUUCUUGAAAACACAUCAUUGACUUAUCAGAAGAACCGGCUGGAGACCGAACUAAAAGAAUCAGCUGUGGAACAAAAAAUGAAACAGCAACAGUAUGCAGAGUUGGAUGAGAAAAAGCGACGACUUCUAAAUAUGUGUAAAGAGCGCAUGAAGGCAGCCAGAGAGACCUGCGACCUGGAUCCUAAUGAAAGUGACAUCCCUUCGGAGCUGAUGACAGCAUUUCAAAGUCUUCCAAAUUCACUGGACGAAAUAGAUGCUUCACUUAAUGAAGAAAGAUCAAGAGCGUCCUGUUUCACUGGCUUGAACUCUUCAGUUAUAGAUGAAUACAAGAGGAGGAAACAAGAAAUAGAAAAUUUAUCAGAAGAGCUGAAAAGAAAAAAGAAUGAACUGGAAGAGUAUAAACUGAACAUCUCACAGGUGAAAGAAAAGUGGCUAAAUCCUUUGAAACAGCUUGUCGAACAAAUUAAUGAGAAGUUUAGUGAAUAUUUCCGCUCAAUGCAGUGCGCAGGAGAAAUUGAUUUGCACACAGAUAAUGAGGAAGAAUAUGAUAAGUAUGGCAUCCGAAUCAGAGUGAAGUUUCGCAGCAGUACUCAGCUCCAUGAACUCACCCCACAUCACCAGAGUGGUGGAGAGCGAAGUGUUUCUACAAUGUUGUAUUUAAUGGCUCUACAGGAAUUAAAUAGAUGCCCCUUUCGAGUAGUGGAUGAAAUCAAUCAGGGUAUGGACCCAACCAAUGAGAGGAGGGUUUUUGAAAUGGUGGUACGGACAGCUUGCAAAGAGAACACCUCUCAGUAUUUCUUUAUCACACCCAAGCUUUUGCAGAAUCUGACUUAUUCUGACAAUAUGACAGUGCUGUGCGUUUAUAAUGGACCACACAUGUUGCCGCCAGGCAAGUGGAAUCUCAAAGCUUUUCUCAGGAGACGACGAAGAGUGCAAGUCCAUAACUGAGAACUAAGUAGUUCUAUCUCAGGUGAUAGUCAUUAUGUUUACAUAUAUAAAAAAACUCUUGGGAUCUUAGGAUCAUUUCACUUGACCUUUUUUUGCUUCUUCUUGAAGUUAAGUCUCUUUAAAACAAAAACUACCUGUGUUUAUGGAGGAUUAGGGGUUGCAAUUAAAAGAAAUCUAAGUGCCUGGCAGUAUCGUCUUGCCUUCUGUUUCUGAAAUGGAUGAUUACAUUAGAGUUAUCAGAAUUUUGUAAUCCAUUAUGACCCUAGAGUUAGGUGCGCAGGUGUUCUGCAUUUUUGUGUUUGGCUUUCAGGUGCCUAUUAUAUGAGCAGAGAAAUGCCAACUAUCUGAAAUUUGUUCUUGAGUGAUAACAACAAAGGUAAACUUAUUUUUUUACCGGAUACCACAUUUGCUCCAUAUGUGCACACCCCCACCAUUUGGAUGGUAGUGUGUUUUGAUAGCUAACCUAAUGUACAGAGCUGUAAAAUAAUGGGAGCCAAAAGUUUGUAUAACUGAAAAAGUAGCUUGUUGUUUAUUGGCAAAAUGCCCCCCCCAUUUUAAAAAAAACUCUUGCCAAUAUAAUGAUGCAGGGCGUCCUAUUUCUGUGACACGUUAUAUGUUGUGAGAGGCUAUUGUGAAAUUAGUGCAAUUAUUGCUUUCCCAACUCCACUUCCCACCUCCCAACCUGUCCUUUAGGACAGCAAAGAUGACUGUUUCAUAUUUAUGAACUUUUUUUAAAGCUGUUAUGUACUGUUCAAGCAGUUGAAUGGAACAACAAAUUAUUGAAUUGUUAAGCACAAUUAAGGUGGGCCUUUGUACAACUGAGCAGGCUUCUGUAAAUAAUGAGGAACAUUGUGUAAUGCAGAGAUGCGCUUUUUAAAAAUGAGCUAGAUGACAGCCGGACCUUGCACCCUCAGAGAAAAAAAAGUACUCUCUUCCCAAAAUCAGAAUUGAGCUGGAGAAAUCAACUAUUCUUAAAUCCACAUAUAUAACAUAAUUUGGUGUUCAAGUGAGAGAGAUGUCUACUCAGUCUGUUGUAAUUGCAGGAUAAUGUGUAAUUGAGUCAUUUAUUCCUAUAGUGCACUGCAGUUGCAUCUUGUAAAGUAGUGCAUGUGGCACAAAAUUUGAAUGACACUAAGUGUCCUUUGCACAGAUGUAACUUCAUGUAGGAGAGUUGACCAGUUCUCUGUAAAGGUCAGCUAGCUUAAAGACUAGGAUAGUGCAAUAUUAGCCAAGCUGAGCAUCACUACUUGCCCCAACAGUUUGGUUCUGAUUAUUACUGUGGGCUGUGGUAAAAUAAUUUUAUUCUAUUCGUGCUGUUCAUAUUUGAGCCUAUAGGGGGUAGUGUUAGGUUGAAGGAUUGCCUAUUUAAAAUGUGCUGUUCUGCAGUACCUGCUUUAUUUUUGUAAGAUAAUGUACAUAUUGCACCAGUUGUGUUGCAAGUUUUUAAAUAUUAAAACAUGGUUUAAAAAUGAACUGAAAAGCUUGCUGUCUCCACAGUAAAACAGUCUUUUUAAAAGAAAUUCUGCUUAGUCAUCAGAGGUGACCAAAGUUUUGUUUUUCCAUAGCCACUGUUCAACCUAUUAACACUUGGAGAAGGACAUAUUCAGCACUAUUUUUAUAUCAAUGACAAAUUCUUUUUAAAGGCAGACAUUUGGAAUUUUUGUAUCUGUUCAGUACAAUUGAUCCAGUUUAAUUUAUUACAUUCCCAUUGUAUUGAUUCUGAAUGAAAUCUCUGAGAAAUUGAUUUUCCUUGUGUUUUCAUAAAACUUCUGUUGCAUAAUUCUUGGUGUUUGAUUUCGUUGUUUGAGAACUUUGCCUUUGUUUUUGUGUUUGCAUCCGUUUCCUAAUAAGUGUU